GUUCGGAUUAAUUCAAAUUCAAAUGAAUUUUGCGAAUCGCAUAACAAUAGGAAAUUGAUGCAAAAUUUGAAGCGAAAUCUCUUGGAAAAUAAUUUUUGUGAAAAUGUCCUGCAUUAGAAAGAUUGCUAGUUUACCACAACUGUAUUGCUGGCGUAAUGCAAGGUUAAUCAGCACACAAAUUGGGAAAGCUCUUUGUGCAGAGAAAGAAGGAGUGGAAGUGACACAUACAGGACAGACGUAUGAUAAAGAUGAUUACAGAAAUGCGCGCUUCGUAAAUGCUGCUAAGAUUGUCAAUAAGAAUUGGGCUAUUGACUUAAUAGCUGAAGAACCUAUUCGUGAAUGUACUGAACGAGUUGUUUAUUGCACUGGUGGUGACGAACAUCUUGGUCAUCCCAAAGUUUACAUCAAUCUGGAUAAGCCUGGUGCACAUGCAUGUGGUUAUUGUGGGUUACGAUAUCAAAAGAAAGAUGAUCAUCAUCAUUGAAAUAGAUAAUAAAACCAGCUCUUAGUCUCCGAAAAGGAAAUUCAAAAUUUUUGUUGUCCUAAGCAUCUCAUGUAAAUAAAGAAGAUGAGAAUAUUAAAGUGUUGAUUCAAUUGGGAAAUGUUUCAGGAAGUGAUUUCAAGGGAAUUUUGAUUAUUUCUGCAAUAGGUGCAUUCCAAUGAUUUCAAUGACACUUCUCCUUAUUCUCAUUUCAAAGCCUGCGCAUUGUUAGAUUGUUAAACUUCCUUUGAAAUCUUUUUUCAGUACCUUUCCACCUUUUGAUGAAGA